ACAAAUAGAAAUUCAUUUAGAUAACGCUGCACCAAAAAUUAUCCAUUUCUUUCUGCUUCCGCCAUCGAUAUUCAAAGCAACUUCCAUGGCUAUUUCUUCACUCUCUGCUACUAUUAUUCCAUCUCCUACUCUUUUUACUUCUUUAUCUUCCCAUUCUUCUAAACCAAAAUUUCCCCCCUUCCCUGCUUCAUCUUCUACUGCUUUAAAGCUCAAACCCCUUCAAUUUUCCUUCCCAUCCACAAGGCUUUAUGCUGCUCCUGAAGUUCUAGACUCCCCCGAUACCAUUGAACCACCUCCCGAAAUCUUGGAAGGAUCUGGAGUUUCCACUCUCGAGGGUGAAGAUUUUGAGGUUCCUGGGACUUCAGCUCUCAGCAUUGGUGAGGAUGUGGAUAAGCUGGCGCCGAAGCAGAAAAUUAGAAUUAAACUAAGGUCUUACUGGGUUCCACUCAUUGAAGAUUCUUGCAAGCAAAUAAUGGAUGCUGCAAGGAAUACAAAUGCAAAAACCAUGGGUCCUGUGCCAUUACCUACAAAAAAGCGCAUUUAUUGUGUUCUUAAAUCCCCUCAUGUUCAUAAGGAUGCAAGAUUCCAUUUUGAAAUCAGAACCCACCAACGCCUCAUUGAUAUUUUGUACCCUACUGCCCAAACGAUCGAUUCUUUGAUGCAACUCGACCUUCCAGCUGGUGUUGACGUGGAGGUCAAGCUAUGAAGAGAACAGCUUCACCCAGAGCAGGUGGUCCAGAGAGGUCGUGUGCUCAAGCCCCCCGCAUUGUCGUUUCCUCUCCAAUUAAAACCAAUUUCCACUUGUUGGGCAUUUAAUACAAUCAUUUUUAAAUUUGGCUAUAUCAACUAAUUGCUGUGGUGGUAGUGCAAGGUGGCUGAGAAAUUUCUGUUUUUAGUUUAUAGAUGUAUGUUUGAGAGGAAAUCGAACCCUGUGAAGGGUCUAUGAGUCUGAUGUACACUUUUUUUCUCAUGGAAAUGUUUUAUUUGGUCGUGUAGUGGAGAUCUAGAUUGAAACAAAUACCUAUAUGUCAACAAGUGGAAUCUGGAAUGAGUGUGACAAUGUAAUAUUUUUGAAUUUGUACCCAAGGAAAAUGAAUAAGUCCUUGAAAGUAUUAGGGAUUGUGCAAGUAGAAAGGAGGGUUGUAUUAUCCUCCUGCAAUAAAGAAACAGGAAAGUUGAUACUUA